UUUUAUAUUUUUAUUGGCUGAGAGAAUGCUAUAAUAAGUCCAGUUUUAUUUUUUAAAUCUAAAAAAAUAGGUUGCAAAAUUUGAGAACCGAGUUUUUAUUUGGUUUGCUUUGGAUAGAUUUUGAUAACUGAAUCGUAAUCCGAAUUUAUGCAACUCGAGAUCAAUGCUCAAAUGUUUAUCCGGUAAUCAUCAUCCUCAAAUGUUUCUCUUGUGUCGCGAUUAGAAUUUGAAACUCGACGCGUCUCUCCUUCUCAACUCUUGGAUAUAAAAACCAAGAACAGAAGCAGUGAAGAAUUAUUUAUCUCAGUCAGAAAUAUGAAGAUUAUUAGAAAUGGCAUGCGAAUUGUUAGUAGUUGGUGCUUCUUCAAUUGUUGAAGUAGGUGUUCCAAUUCCAAACAAGAGUUUCUUCUAUCAAAACUGAUACAUGUUGCUGACAGAAUGUUGGAUUUUGCUUCCAAAUUCAUUAGAGGAACCAUUAGGUUGAAGCAUGACUUUUUAAAGCCAAGGCAAGCUCUUUCAGGUCAGUGCUCAGAUGAUGAACCUUCUUUAAACAGCAGCAGAGAGGACAGAUUGGAAUGCCCAAUUUGCUGGGAAUCCUUCAAUAUUGUGGAGAAUGUUCCUUAUGUUUUAUGGUGCGGUCACAGCCUCUGUAAGAAUUGUGUGCUAGGCCUGCAAUGGGCCCUUGUUAAACUCCCCACACUACCUAUCCUGCUUCCGUUUUUCAUCUCUUGUCCAUGGUGUAAUAUGUUAUCAUUCAGGCUUGUUUACAAGGGGAUUCUCAGAUUCCCUUGUAAAAAUUAUUUUCUUUUGUGGAUGGUUGAGAGCAUGAAUGGCGAUAGGUCAUCUUUCUCCUCAAUCCACAGUGAUCAUCAGCCUGUCGCUCCCUUGAACAAUAAUCCAACCACAGGAAAUCAGGUUAACCCCCAAGUAAGGAACAGGCAUGCCAUGCGCGUUCAAAUCCCUUCAGAACAAUCCCUACCUAACCACGACCCUAGCUACUUCAAUGCUGAGAGACUUCACUUAUCACUCCGCAAGUCUCUGGUAUUUUUUGCUCACAUGACAGCUAAGUUUCCAUUAAUCGUCAUGUUUCUUCUGAUUGUUUUGUAUGCAAUACCCACUAGUACCGCAAUCUUAGCCCUCUACAUCCUCAUCACUCUUGUGUUUGCCCUCCCUUCUUUUCUCAUCUUGUACUUUUCCUUACCUAGUCUGGAUUGGCUGGUCAGAGAAAUCAUCACCUGAGUUGCUAUUAUAGAUAGCUUGAUAAUUGCAGCAUGACAUCCCCACUACUCUGCCCACCUUGUCAAUCAACUUACAUGGUCCAAUGUGAUGACUUCACCUGUAUCAGAUGCUGACCAGCAUGUGGGAUAUUGGAAAUCCUUCAAUCAUAACAAAUGUUAUUGAGAAAAGUUUGGCCGCUGUAGUGUAGAUGAGAUGACUACCAAUAUUAAGAUGGUCUGAGGUUGUUUUUGUGCCUGAUCGCAAUAGCUUAAGUGAUCCUCUAUUGGACUUGCAAGUAUUUUGCUGUGGUGUACAUGUAAGCAAAGCUCUUUGCAAGCAGAAAAGUAGAUUUGCUUUGUAAGUUUAGCAUAAAAGGUCUUCGCAGUACUUUGUUGCUGUUAUUGUGCUCUUGAAUCGACUUUAACAUAUGUAUCAGAGUGUUGUAAAAUUUGCUUCUUUAGUUUUUAAACGUGAAGGUUUGUGGUUUAAUUUA